AUAACCAAGUCUAAGAACAAUCUUGUUUUACACUCUCACCCCUUGUGUGAAGCAUCCUAAUCUUCUUCUUCAGAGCAUCAAGCUAUGAUUUCUUCCUUCCAGGAUCAUAAAAUUCAACUAAUCAACGGUUACUGAAGAAACUUCUAUGCAAAAAGAAAAGGGGAGACAGACCAUGAACUGCAAGUUGGGAAAGGCUCCCCCAUUUUCCCCAGUUCUUCCUCAGCCUCUUCAGUACCGUCGAGUCUUGUUCAAGGUUCUAUGUUGUAAUAAGAAAUCUAGCUCAUCGUCUUCUUCUUCUUCUCCAUCAAACAGUAUCAAGUUUCGGUUUAAACUGGUCAGCAGAUCGCUGGGCGACAGUAAAUGGAAGUUAAAUCAUAUUGACACCAGUUCAGUGAAAGAAUCAUUAAAUCAAUGGCUUUCAAAGACUCAAAACUUUCUGCUUGAAGUCACUUCACCACUAGUAAAAAGUGUUAAUGAUCGAAGGUCGAUCGCUCAGGAAGACACUCAAGACGUGGAUGAUAUAUUCGUGUCUGAACAGACUGUUGACAGGCACACGCCAAGGGGGGAUCUUUCCUUGCCUGCUAUUCUCUCCAUUGAGCAAUUCAGCCGGAUGAAUGGGGUGACUGGCCAGAAAAUGCAGAAGGUAUUUAAGACACUUGUUCCUGAAUUUAUCCAUGAUGAUGCCCGCAAUUUGGUGGAGUAUUGCUGCUUUAGGUUUCUGUCAAGGGAUGCCUCUGAAAUUCAUCCGCACCUUAAGGAACCUGCAUUUCAAAGACUAUUAUUUGUAACUAUGCUUGCAUGGGAACACCCCUGCAGCAGCUCUAAUGACUAUUCAGCUGAAUAUCUACCAAAGGAAUCUUUUAAGUUGAAGGGAAGGGUGGUAGGGGAAGAGGCUUUUGUUCGUAUUGCUCCAGCCAUAUCAGGUGUGGCUGAUUGGUCAACAGCACACAACCUUUUCAAAUCACUUGCUGAUAAUGAACAUGGGGGCAUGUCAUUCACCUCGUGGUCGACCUAUAUCAAUGAUCUUCUCAGGGUGCAUGACAGAUGGAAAUCAUAUGAGUUUCAAGAGUUCCCUAAUAUUUCUGAUGAGAGAAUUCUGUUUAUUGCUUCAGGGGGGAAGUCCCCAGUUUUAAAAUGGAAGAAUAAUAUGGCAUGGCCUGGCACACUGACUUUAACCGAUAAGGCACUUUACUUUGAGGGUGUAGGGUUGAAGGGGAAAAGAGAAGUUUUAAGACUUGGUCUCAGCAAAGAUGGCUGUCAUGUAAAGAAAACCAGGGUUGGCCCUUUGGGAUUUGAUCUUCUUGACUCUGCUAUAUCUGUCUCUUCCGGUCAGGAAUCUGAAGCAUGGGUAUUAGAGUUCAUUGAUUUGGGAGGUGACAUGAGGAGGGAUGUCUGGUAUGCAUGCAUCAAUGAAGUUAUUUCUUUAUACAAAUUCAUAGAAGGAUUUGGACCCAAUGUGGAUUCUGACCAGCGUCAAUCUGAUAAAGGGAACAUAAAAGCAACCAUUUAUGCUACUAACGCAAUAUCAAGACUCCAGGCACUUCAAAUUUCUGGGAAGCUUCUAGAUGAUCCCGACAAACUGGUCCUGUUCUCAUACCUGCAAGACUCGUUGCCCUACAGUGAUGUCAUGCUGCAGACCCUAGCAGUGAACUGCUGGUCUCAGCCUUUAACAGAGAAACAACAUCAAUGCUCUGGAUCAAAUGAGACAGUGGAGACUCAUGUGUUCGACAUAGACGGAAGCGUAUACUCGUGCAAAUGGAUGAAAUCACCAACAUGGGCUUCGAACUCCUCACUCUCCUUCUGGAGGAGCUGUUCAGUGAAACAGGGGGUAAUAGUCUUCAGUAAAAAUCUCGUGGUUGGUGAUAAGAAUGUCAUGGAGAAGGCAGCUACGGUGUGGAGAGAGAAAUGCAGGGUGGUGGAGAGAACAAGGGAAACCAUUAAUGCUGCAAUGAUUGAAGGAAUCCCUAGCAAUAUUGCCCUCUUCAAGGAACUGAUGCUUCCAUUAGUGGUCAUGGGCAAAAACUUCAAAAAGCUUAGGCGUUGGGAGGACCCGCUGCUAACCGCGUCUUGUCUCGUGCUGACAUACACCCUGAUUUUCAGGGACAUGCUGUCAAUCAUAUUCCCUGCAACCUUAAUGGUUUUGGCGGGAGGGAUGCUAUUACUCAAGGGGUUGAAAGAGCAAGGCCGCCUCGGGAGAUACUUUGGGAAAGUCACGAUCUGUGACCAACCGCCUUCAAACACGAUUCAGAAGAUCAUUGCUCUCAAAGAAGCAUUGAAGGAGUUAGAGAAGUGUCUCCAGAGUCUCAAUGUUUCAUUGCUUAAAUUACGGUCAGUUGUUCUUGCGGGACAGCCACAGAUCACGAUGGAGGUUGCCCUGGUGCUUCUGUUUGGUGCUUCCAUUUUACUGAUUGUUCCGUUCAGAUAUAUUCUUUCCUUUCUGAUCUUUGAUAUGUUCACAAGGGAGCUUGAGUUUCGGAGGCAGAUGGUUCUGAGAUUCGAGAGUUUUCUCAAGGAGCGGUGGGACACUGUCCCGGCAGCCACAGUUGUGGUGGUGCCGUAUGAAGUUGAUAAGUUGGAGGGCUUGGCCAAAGAAAGGAGAUGAACAAGUAGAUAAAAGUGUUAAAUAAUACAUAUUCAUGUAUAUUUGUAGAGCACUACGGUUUGGGCAAUAUGAUGAAUGUCUACUGAGAGUUUUAUUUCCUUUAGGGCUAAUUUGGUUGGGGUAUCUUGGAGCGAAGGGAUUGAUUUUUAGUAGUUUCGGUCAAUUUAGAGCCAUUUGGUGACAAUGAACCUAUUUAAAUUUUCAAAAUUGUGGUCGAAAAAAUGAUAUAAAUGACGAAAUUGGUUG